CACAGUUGGUGGGACUUUGGAGCAAAAAAAACGAGGAGCGCUGCUGCCGUUGACUCUGUUGGAGGGCACAAUUGAUCAACGACACGGCUGCGAGCUUUGCUCGACCGACGAGUUCGUGCCGCCUGAGGCAGCCUUGGCAACCGCUGCUGGGCAGCCAUCUGGGCAGCCUCUACCAUGGCACCGAGCCGUAGAGUCGCACCAGCACCAGCAGAGGACGCUACCGAGCAGCAGAAGCCGCGCCCGCGUCGGCCCACAAGAAUCGCACCGAGUCUGACUCCGUCGCCCGAUGCCGCGAAGCAGCCGCCGCCCGGGUGGCUCCAGGACACACCAGCCGCCGACGCGAAUCAACCGCCCCGGUGGUUGCAGGACACUCCUGCCGCGUCGCCGGACGGCCCGGCGCCCAAGCCGCGUUGGCUGCAGGACACCCCGGACGCGCCGCGAUGCACUACCGAAGACGACGACGAUGCGACGCUGGACCGGCCCGCGUCGCCGCCGGACUGGCUCUCGCCUGACCAACCCAAGGUCAGCGACGAGGAGGACGAGGGCGACCCCUACGCGACGCCGGCAAAUCUCGGACCGGAUUCUGACGACGACGACAUGCGCGUCGUGUCGCCUUCGCCGUCGCCCGUGGAGGUUAUAGACACGUCGAAGCGACCCGUCCGCGAGUUGCGCCAGAUGGCCCAGGAGCUCGGCGUCGACGUGACGAACGUCGUCGAGAAGGGGGAGAUGGUCGCGGCGAUCCGGGCCGCGCGGCCGCCGCCAGUCGAGGUCGAAGACGAGGAGGACGAGAGCGACGGCCCGGGCGAGCACAUGUCCGUGCUUUUUGAGUUAUUGCCCUUUUAUCGGCAGGGCGACGCCUCGACGGACGCCGUCGUCAAUAGGGCGGUGUCGGCGACGCUCCAGGACGAUCUCCGAGCGGUCGACGACGAGGGCGCGACGCCGCUGGUCGUCUGCGCGCAGUACGGUCACGAGGACCUCGUCGAGGCGUUAUUAGAAAGAGGCGCGGACGUCGACGCCGCGGCGCACUCGGGCUGCACGGCCCUCGUGUACGCGUGCGGCGCGUCGCAGGCGUCCUUCUCCGAACGGCUCGUCGAGAAGCUCCUCGACCACGGCGCCGACCCGAACAUUCCGGAGCUCCACCACGGCUCGCGGGCGUUGCACUACCUCGCGGCGACGGGCCACGAGCGGCUCUGCCGCGAGCUCGUCAUGCGGGGCGCCGACGCGGCCGCCAAGGACUACGGCGGUUGGGCGCCCGCGGACUACGCGGCUGACGCGGGCCACGGCGCCUGCGCCGAGGUCCUGCGGCAGCUCGCCCGGCCCCCGCAGACGCCGAAGACGCCGCACCAGGUCGACCACCUCGAGCGCGAGGUCGAGAAGCGCCAGGCCGUCGAGAGCGAGCUGGCCGCGGCCCAGAAGGCCCGACAGGACGCCGAGGCGGACCUGGACGACGCCCUGCGGCGCGUCGACGUGCUCGAGGCCGAGGCCGCGGCCCUGCGCCGCAAGUGCGACGACCAGGCGCACGACCUCUCGUACGCGCGGGAGACGGGCGCGUCGGCGGCCCACGGCAGCGACGCGCGCAUCGCGCAGCUCGAACGGGAGCUCGCGGCGGCGCGCGCGCACAACGAGGAGGCGGCCCGCGCGCACGCCGCGGACGCGUCGUCCCAGAACGACGCGGCCCGCAAGGCCGUCGAGGAACUCACGGCGACCUUCGAGAGCCAGCGCCAGCAUUUGGUGGACGCACGGACGCAGGCCGAGGCACAGCUUGUGCUGGCGAUCGAUAGGAACGACGCGUCGGCCGCGGCGCACGUCGCUUUAUUAAACGAGUUGCGGGGCGAGGCGGCGGCGGCCGUGCGCGACCGCGACGCCCUGCAGAAGAGCAGCGAGCGCCAGGUGCUCAACGCGGAGCGGCGCUGCGAGCACGCGGAGAAGGUCUCGGCCGAGGCCGAGCGGCGCGCGGCCGCGGCCGAGGAGGCCGCCGAGGCGCGCGUCCAGGCCCUCGAGGAGCACAUCGCGCGGGCCGACGCCGUGGACCGGCGGAACGCGCAGCUCGACCGCGACUUGGUGAGGGAGGUCAAGCGGCGCAAGGACCUGCACAACGCGCUCGAGGACCUCAAGGGCCGCAUCCGCGUCUACUUAAGGGUGAGGCCCAUGAACGAGAAAGAAAAGACGGCGCACGAGGUCUGCUGCGAGCGCAGCGGCCAGACGGGCGUCGUCGUCAAGCGGCCGGACCGCAAGCCGCCGCAGGACCGGCAGCACUUCGAGUUCGACCGGGUCUUCGCGGGCGAGGCGGCGCAGGACGCGGUCUUCGCGGACGUCAAAGCUUUGGUGCUGUCGUGCGUCGACGGCUUCAACGUCUGCAUCUUCGCGUACGGGCAGUCCGGCUCGGGCAAGACCUACACGAUGGCCGGCGGCGGCGGGCCCGUGCGCGACGCCGUGGACCUGGAGUCGUGGGCCGUCGCGGCGAGCGCCGGCGUCAUCCCGCGGAGCUGCGUCGAGAUCUUCCGCGUCCUCGACGAGCGGGCGGCCUUGAACUCCUACGAGGUGGAGCUGUCCAUGUACGAGUUAUAUAGAGACGCGCUGCGCGACCUCCUCGCGGACCGCAAGGACAAGAAGCCCCUGUUCGUGUUUCUGUGUCCUACGUCUGCGCGAUGGCGGAACUCACCGGUCGAUGUGCCCACACAGGUCCGUGAAGCUCGCGCAGCACACGCGCGACGGGCUCGCCGCCGUCGAGGGCGGCGUGUGCCGUCAGGCGAAGUCGCUGGAGGAGCUCGUCGCGCUACUGGACAAGGGCCUCGAGCAGCGCGCCGUCGCGCACACGGAGCUGAACGCCGAGUCGUCGCGGUCGCACCUACUCGUGUCGAUCGUGCUCACGUCGACGAACCGGCGGUCGGGCAAGAAGACGCGGGGCAAGCUCAUGCUCGUCGAUUUGGCCGGGUCGGAGCGCGUCGAGAAGUCGGGCGUCCAGGGCGACGAGCUGAAAGAGGCCGCCUCCAUCAACAAGUCGCUGAGCGCCAUCGGCGACGUCAUCGCGGCCUUGUCCCAAAAGUCGAAGCACGUGCCCUACCGGAACCACCCCCUCACGAUGCUCAUGUCCGAUAGUAUAGGAGGCACGGCGAAGACGCUCAUGAUCGUGAACGCGUCGCCGUCGUCCGAGCACGCGUCGGAGACGGCCAACUCGCUGACCUUCGGCAGCCGGUGCAAGCGCGUCAAAUCCAGCAGUGGCGGCGAGAUGGCGGCGCAGCUCAAGGACCUGCGCAAGGAAUUAGAUAGGAUGAAGGCGACGGGCGCCGCGCGCGCCUUCCGCAAGGGGGCGGAGUUGCCGCGGCGGAAGGCGCAAGUUCCGCGGCGGGCAUAAUCCAUUUUUUGUCUACUACUA